CGGCGUGAUCACCAAGCUCUCGGUGCUCACGCCGCCGCGCUCGACAGCGGUCAACGUCGCGCUCCUUGGCUGCGAAACGUUCGAGGACGUCAAGAAAGCCUUUGUGCAGGCCAAGAAGAACCUCGGCGAGAUCCUCUCGGCCGUCGAGUUUAUGGACCGCGCGUCGCUCGACAUGGUCAUGUCGCAGCAGCCGUCGCUUUCGGAUCCGUUGAGCUCCAACUGCCCUUUCUACGUGCUCUUGGAGACCUCGGGCUCGAACGAGACGCACGACAUGGAGAAGCUCGAGGGGUACCUCGAGCAGGUCAUGGAGGCCGGCACGGUCGUCGACGGUACCGUGGCCCAGGACGCAGCGCAAGCCAAGAAGCUCUUUGGCAUUCGCGAAGACAUUACGCUCUCGCUGAGCUCGCGCGGCCACGUGUACAAGUACGACCUCUCGAUCCCGAUCGAUGAGUACUAUGCGAUCGUCGACGACACGCGCGCCGCACUCGCGAGCCAUGACGCCAAGGUCGUGGCGUUUGGGCACCUCGGCGACUGCAACAUCCACCUCAACAUCUCGACGCUCGCGUACGACGACGCAGUGCAAAAGGCGCUCGAGCCCUUCCUCUUUGAGUGGACAGCCAAGCGCCGGGGCAGCAUCAGCGCCGAGCAUGGCAUUGGGACGCACAAGCCGCACUUUCUGCACUUGUCCAAGUCGCCCGAGGCCAUCCGCAUGAUGCAGCAAAUGAAGCGCGUGUUUGAUCCGAACGGCAUCCUCAACCCGUACAAGGUGUUGCCAUAAGUUUACAAUCGGAUGUACCACUACAUACUGUCGCUUUUCUUGCGGUCAUGGCGACCGCGGUGGCAUCGCCGUCGCCAGUGUUAAAUCCAAGUGUGAAAAGCGCACCGACCCAAAAAUGCGUUCCGGCAGCUCGACG